AUGUCACAACAAAAUGACGAGGCAUGCCUUCAAUCCUCCGGGAUUAAUAACGAAAUUCCCGAGAACGUCGCACAAUUUCAAUCCCAACUAUCCUCUCAAUCCCUCGAAAUCAUUAAUCAAAUAUUUCCACAGAAAAUUCUUGAAUUAAGUCGAUUGUUAAAUGUUCAUACUAACUUGCGUGUCGCUUCCCAAUCUGUUGAUUACGAUGAAAGCUCGAUCUCACGGAAUUCCUCUUUCUCUAUUUAUUCAUACGUCGAUAUUCCCGCACCUGAUCCUAUUGUUGGCGAAGGAUCGGAUAAUUCAUUUUCGCGUAAACGACCUAGAAAUGAUACUGACGGUGAAGGCCUUGAUGCUGACGAUAAGAAAAUUGAUGAAAACGUAGAAGAAAAUCCUUGGUAUUCGGUCGUCGAAAAUGAUCAACCGCCACUAAAUCUGGACGGGAAGGAUUACCAUUGCAUAAAAGAAUUACAAAAAAUUCUUGAAGAUGAAAUUUCUUGUUUGAUUGAGUAUUGUUGCAUACUGAGGGCAUGGAUAUUAUUUAAAUACCCAAGGAUAGAUACAGAGGAAAAUCUCAAAGUGUCGGCAAUCGAAGAAAUGGCGGCCGAGUUGUCACGUGUUGAAGACAGCUCCUUCGUAUUUUUGAACAACAUCACAAGGUUUUAUGUCGCGCGCGUUAAAUUAAUCAAAAAAAUCCAUAAACAUCCGACGAUCCAAGAUAACCUCAACGCUCUUAUUCACUUUGAUCAUCAACAUUUAAUUGAUGUUCGCUAUCAGCUCCGAGAUACGUGCAACACUUAUGCCAUUAUCCAUGAUAUGUUAAAGAAGAACAUGUAUCAUCUGGAAGGUUAA